GGAAAAUCAGUGAAAAUGUCUGGACGAAAAAAAAAAAAAAAAAAAAAAAAAAGAAAGGGCGGGAAAGGUCUUGGUAAAGGAGGCGCUAAGCGUCACCGCAAAGUGCUCCGCGAUAACAUCCAGGGCAUCACCAAGCCGGCUAUCCGCCGUCUGGCUCGCCGUGGCGGUGUGAAGCGUAUCUCUGGUCUGAUCUACGAAGAGACUCGCGGCGUUCUCAAAGUGUUCCUGGAGAACGUGAUCAGGGACGCCGUCACCUACACCGAGCACGCCAAGAGGAAGACCGUCACCGCCAUGGACGUGGUUUACGCCCUGAAGCGUCAGGGACGAACCCUGUACGGCUUCGGAGGUUAAACGCUCGACUCGAACAACCAGAAACCCAACGGCUCUUUUAAGAGCCCCC